ACUUGAUUGUGCACUCCUCGCUAGCGCUUCUGAUGACAAUACCAUCAAGCUCUGGGCAUUCGAGUCCCGCCAGCUCCUCGCCUCAUUCAAUGUUCAGCUAGUCCGCCAUCUUACCCUCUCACCCGACUCGCGCCAACUGGUUUACACGGCCAUGUACAACAACAAUAUUUACUUGUGCAACACUCCUCCCGAGAUCCUCGCUAGCAUUCAGCCUGUACCACAAGUUAGAACCAGUGACCCCCCUGAUUUUGGCGCUCUCUCACUCACUGCAAAUCAAUUCAAUGAGGCCCAGUUGCCUACCCUUCUCCCUCCACGGCAGAUACCCUCUUCUACAUCAGAUUCGCAGCCACCCCAGUUACGCCCUGACUCCCGCGAGCUCCUUCCCUCCUCUUCCCAUACGCAUACAGUCCUGUCCGCUAGUAAUGUUGACCCUGACGAUCUCCCCCCUGAAGCAACGCUCCAAGACCUCUCAAAGUAUAUCACCAAGGAUGGAGAUUACCCUGUUGCUCGUGGUGGGUUCGGGGAGAUCUGGAAAUGCACCUUUCACAUCGAUCGUAGCUCGGUCAAAGUCGCAGUGAAAGCGUUGCAGGUAUACGCUGAUGAUCAACUCGGCACAGCGAAUACAAAAAAGAGCAAGAGAAUACAGCGUGAGCUCAGAAUAUGCGCCAACCUUAAGCAUCCAAAUAUUCUACCCAUUUAUGGUUAUACGUAUGGGUUCGGCCCAUUCCUAGCGAUAGUCAGUCCUUGGGCGGAGAAUAGCAACUUGACGGUCUAUUUGGAGCGUGAGGGUGCGGCUCUUACUCUCGUUAGACGAUUUCAACUGCUAAGAGAUAUCAUAGCUGGUCUGCAAUAUCUCCACGCUAACAGUGUCAUCCAUGGUGACUUCAAUGGGCCUAAUGUGCUCAUCCACGGUGAUGGCACCGCGUGUGUUGCUGACUUUGGUCUUUCCUUGAUGUAUUCCGAGGCUAUAAGUGCCUCUCAGGCAUCUUGGACGUCCACGCUCAAAGGAAACAUGCGAUGGAUGGCUCCUGAGUUACUUGAACCAGAGCAGGAGGAUGGAUCUGCAACUCGUCCGAGCGAGCAAAGCGACAUCUUUUCGUUUGGCGGUAUCAUGUUGCAGGUCCUCACGAACAAAAUCCCUUAUUAUUACCUCCCGAAUGACGCCGCAAUCGUCCUAUGCAUAGCUAGGUCGGAACAGCCCUCCCGAGCUCGUUAUCCUGAGAUCCCUGAAAAGUAUUGGACGUUCAUGGAGCAAUGCUGGUCUACUAAUCCUCGAGACCGCCCGUCGACGAAGGGAGUUCAUGUCACGAUCAGGAAUGAAUUUGACCUGUAUAAUAAACGCAGGCUUACCGCGAGACUUCUCUUGUAA